AGUCAAAUAAAUUGCUUUUAUUCAUUCACACUAGCAUUUCAAAUUAUGUCAGUGUUUGUUCGGAAAAUAUUUGGAUGGUUGUGUUUGACCCAUUUAAUUUGGUCAGGCCAAUCAUAUCAUUGUGGUGGACAAUUCUGGUCAUCCAAAUCACAAUUCUUAUCAGCCUAUGUGCCGUGUCGAAUUCAGAAUGACCAUCCUGGAUUGAUGGCAUUACCGUCGGAUAAUUUUCAAUUAGCAAGACAGCCUCAAGAUGAUCGUUUUGAAUCAAUCUAUCUUCGUGGCACAAAUAAUCAUCGAAUAUUUCAUAAUCUUAAAGUUGAUCCAGAAUCACAGCGAAUACGUUCGAUACGUACUGAUGUUGGAAAAAAUGGCCGUCAUUCUUUACAUUUGAUGUUUUGGAACAAUUAAUUCAAA